CACACACACACACACACACACACACACACACACACACACAACACACCAGGUGGACAGUAGGCAGCAGAGAGUUUUUUUCCCUCGUAGGUGAGCUGAGGUGACAGUGACACAUACACAUCAGAACUCAAGGAUGUUUUACCUGAAGGACAAACUGCCCCUUAAAUCUCAGCUCCGGCUCUUGGUCCUCCAUCAUGCUCUUGUCUGUCUUCUUCUAACACACUCCUGUGCAGGUCAGUCUCAGGUGAUCGGUCCUCCUCAGCCAAUUGUGGCAACAGUUGGUGAUGAUGUCGUUUUGCUGAGCCACCUGGAACCUGCCGUGGACGCUACGGGCAUGACGGUGGAGUGGGCGAGACCAGACCUGGAGCCCAGAUUUGUCCACGUGUGGCGUCAUAGUCAGGAGCUUGUGUCCAAAAAGCACCCGUCCUACAAGGGAAGAACGUCUCUGUUCACGGACAAACUGAAGGACGGAGACGUUUCACUGAAACUCUCUAGAGUAAAUCCUGCUGAUGAGGGAAAAUACAAAUGCUUCAUUCCUUCAGUUGGAAUAGAAACUAUUGUUGAACUUAUUGUUGGUGCUGCCUCCUCUCCUGUCAUCAACGUGAGCAAAAGCAGCAGUGGAGUGGUUUUAGAGUGUGAAAGUAAAGGCUGGUACCCAGAGCCUGAGCUGUUUUGGCUGGACGCUGAGGGAAAGCUCCUCUCUGCUGGAGCUCCAGAGACAGUCAGAGGUCUUGAUGGCCUCUAUACUGUCAGCAGCAGAGUGACUGUGGAGAAGAGCCACAGCAACAGCUUCACCUGCAGGGUUCAGCAGAGCAAAAUACAGCAAACCAGGGAGACACAGAUUCAUGUUCCAGAUGAUUUCUUUAUGGUCACGUCUGAUUCUGCUGUCCGUAUCUCCAUCAUCUUGGCUGUUGUCUUCCUGUGUGUCACUGCAGCCAUCUUUCUUGUGUGGAAAUCGAGACAAAAUGAAAACAAGACCAAAAUGCAUGAUGAGGAAGAAGGAAGAGAGACAGCGCCGCUCAUGGCGGGGGCAGACAAAAAAGUGGAGACAGAGAGAGACGGAAAAAAAGAGCUGUUAUCAGAAGCAGAGAGACAGAGAAGAGCACUGAAGACAGAGACAACAAAGACAAAUGAAGAAGAUGCAAGUGCUGGUAAUACGGCAACAAACAUGGAAGCAGAAAAACACAAACAGCAAAGCAAUACUAACUUGGAGGAGACAGAGAAACAGGGCGAUGAGGAGAAGAGGCUUCAGCCAGGCACUAGUGAAAUACCAGAAGAGACAAAGAAUACAAAUCUCAAAAUACAGAAUGAAGGAGCAAGAGAAAAUGAAGAGGACAGUCUUGAAACAGAGCCUCAGACAGAUCAGCAAAAGACAGAAAAAUCCCUGGAAAGUCAGGAGGAAAUCACAAGCCAGCUGGAGAAAUCCAACAUGGAUGUCAAAAACAAAGACGCAGAGCAUCAGGAAGACACACAAGAUAAAGUUCAGGUUGUUGGGCAAACAGCUGGCACUGAUCAAACAGAGAGGACAGAUGUGGACAAGGCAGGACAGGACAAUGCCCAAUCUUUAAGUGACAACACAGAAGAUGAUUCUCACACUGAUGUAGAAAGAGACCAAGAUCAACACAUGGAAGAAGGACAUGUAACUGGACAGCAGAACCAGCUGGACAACAAAGAGGAACUGGAACAGCAACUGGAGAACAACACAGAACUUCAGGGUCUGAUGGAAGGAGAAAGAGACACUGAGCAGUCAGUCACAGAAAGAGAGGAAAAGACAGAUCAGGACAACAAAAAGGAAAAACCUGAGGAAGAGCCACAAAAGAAGGAGGAUGAAGAGAAACAUGUGGGAGAAGCAGCUGCUGGACCAACAGAAAACAAGGAGCUGGAGAAGCAGACAGAGCAACUCAACGUGCAACCAAACGAGACGGAGGGACAGACGGAUGAGAAAGAGAGGCAGCCUGAGUCUGUGGAUCAGGAAAAGACAGGGAGUGAAGGAGACAAGACAGACCUCAAGGAUGAUAACGAGAGGAGGCUUCAGCCAGACAGCAGUGAAAUACUAGAGGAGACAGAGAAGACAAACCUCAAAAUACUGAAUGAAGGAGCAGGUAAAAAUGAAGAGCUCAGUGUUGAGACAGAGCCUCAGACAGAUCAGAAACAAGAAGAAAAUCCCUUGGAAAGUCAGGAGGAAAAUACAGAGCAGCCGGAGGAUUUGGAUAAGAGAGAAGCAGAGCAUCAGGGAAAGCUACAGGAGAAAGAUCAGGACAAGGGAGAAGGACAAGACAAUUCAAAAUCCACUGAUGAGACAGAAGCUAAUUCCCAGACUGCAGCAGGAGGAGAUGGAGAGCAACACUGCAGGCUCUCUAACGUAAAUGAUGCGGGAGCCACCCAGCAACAGCCGGCAGCUCAAACAUCUGGCCCCCCUCCUUCUGAUAACCCGUCCUCACCAGGUGAGGAGAAUGUGGAUGAAGCUUCUGCUGCUACUGAUGAUGAUGGAGGUUAUGAGGAUGCUGCUGAUGAGAAUAAUGUGGGUGAAGAUACAAAUGAUGGGAGCUUUAAGAGUACAAGCUCGGAUAUCAGUCCUUCGAAUGCAGGCCAGGAGGAAGAAAAUGCAGAAUCGAGAACUGAUGGGACAGAAGCAAAGUCUCAGACUGAAGCAGGAGGAGAUGGAGAGCAAGUAAGCGAUGGCAGAACAGUAACGAGACAGCAGAUUGGACAGGACAAAAAGAAGACAGGGCUUGAACAACCAGAGAAUACACAGCAGAGAGAAGAGAGUGAAGGUACUACAGUGAUGGAAACGAAGAUGGAAGACAGCAACGAGAAGGCAGAAAAUAAGAUUGACUCGGAAAAGACAGAAAAACAGAGGGAUGAGAAACUUCAGUCAGGCAGUGGAGAAGAAAGACAGAAGGAGACAGGGAAAACUGACCUCAAGACACAACAAGAAACAGCAGGAAGAGGAAAGCAAGAGCUCCAACAGGCGACGGGGCCUCAGGUGGAUUCCAGUGAGACAGAAGCAGAAAAUCAGGAAAACCAACAGGACGGGGAUCAGGAUGCUGAGGAAGGAACUGAAAAUAAUGAAACAGAGAACCGGGACGAAAAUGCCACAUCAGAGAAAUCAGCGAAAAAGAGAAGAAAAAGAAAUAGAAAGAGUAAAGCCAAGACAGCCAAGAGUGAUUCAUGA